GUUUAUUCAGUCAAAGGUUGGAAGUAACAAACGAUAUUCUUUUCGAUCUCGCGAAAAGUUACUUCUUUUUGUCGAUAAAAAAAAAAACAAAGGAAAUAAGGAAUAGGAUUGAAUUUAAGGAAAACAAAAAAAAAAAGGAGAGAGAGAGAGAGAGAGAGAGAGAGAGAGAGAGAUAAACAAAAUCUCAAUAUGGUAGUCAAUUUUAAAGUGUUCAAGAAGAGUUCGCCGAACGGAAAGAUCUCUUUGUACGUUGGCAAACGAGAUUUUAUCGAUUAUUUAUCGGGCAUAGAACCGAUCGAUGGUGUUAUAUUAUUGGAUCAGAAUUAUAUUGAAACAGGUCGAAAGAUAUGGGGCCAAUUGAUAUGCAGUUUUCGUUAUGGCAGAGAGGAGGACGAGGUUAUGGGAUUGAACUUUCAAAAGGAUCUUUAUCUUAUAUCCGAACAAUUAUAUCCACGUAGUUACAACAAGACGGAUGUUAAUAAUACAAGAUUACAAGAGAGAUUGUUACAAAAAUUGGGCCCUAACGCUAUACCGUUCACCUUUAAUUUUCCACAGAGCGCGCCUUCGAGCGUGACCCUUCAACCGAGUCAAGACGAGACGGGAGAGCCGUGCGGUGUUAGUUACUUCGUUAAAAUUUAUGCCGGCGAAACGGAGACGGACAUUACGCAUAAGAGAAGUACGGUAUCCCUUGGUAUAAGAAAAAUACAAUAUGCGCCAACUAAACAGGGUCGACAACCGUGUACUAUCGUAAGGAAGGAUUUUCUAUUGAGUCCCGGUGAACUCGAGCUUGAGGUAACCCUUGACAAACAAUUGUAUCAUCAUGGUGAAUCGAUAGCCGUUAACGUUAGCGUUAGAAAUAAUAGCAACAAGAUCGUUAAGAAGAUAAAAGCUUUGGUUCAACAAGGUAUUGACGUUGUCAUCUUUCAAAAUGGCCAAUUUCGUACUGUCAUCGAUGCGAUCGAGACCCAAGAUGGUUGUCCCAUAACACCAGGCUCAAAUCUACAAAAGAUAAUAUAUUUAAAGCCUAACUUGGAAAAUAAUAGGAAUAGACGUGGUAUCGCAUUAGAUGGUAGAUUGAAACGCGAGGAAGCCGAAUUAGCGUCGAGCACAUUGUUGACCUCGCCCGAUGUACGCGACUCCUUUGGCAUCGUUGUCUCUUAUGCCGUCAAGGUCAAAUUAUAUCUCGGCGCAUUGGGUGGCGAACUGUCAGCCGAGUUACCUUUCAUAUUCAUGCGACCUAAACCAACCGAGAGGCUCAAAUUGGCUAACAACGAAACCUGCGUACACAUCGAAAAUCUACUGGAGGAAAAGAUCAAUGAAAAUUAGAUUAAUUUUGUAUAUAUAAAUAUACAUACAUAUAUAUUAUAUAUUUAUAUAUAUAUACACAUACACAUAUCUAUUAUAUUUGUCUUUACGUCUUUGCUUCCGUUCGUUUAUCUAUCGUUCUUUUUAAAAGUCUACGAAAGGUAAUCUCUAUUAUACUUUUUAUCAUCGUGACACUUGGAAGCGAGGAAAAAAAGAAAAAAAAAAAAAAA